AGCCGCCCGCCAGCCAGACGUCCCCCGGAUACCAUGCAGCGCCUGCUGCUGUUCUGCGCUCAGCUGGUGGCCGGCGCGGCGGGUGGCGGCGACUGGAGCUUCCUUCUGAGCGACGCACCAGAGGGCCAAUGGAGCUACAACGACAGCAUGCCCGCAG